AUGUCGCAAACUGUGAAGCCCGCGGCCUCUGAGCCCAAAAACACUGGAGGCAGUGAUAUGUCUCUCAAAACUACCGAUACUGAGGUGGGUGAUGAGCCCAGCCCGGCCGAGAUCGAGCGCAUCUAUAGAAAACUCGACUGGCGCAUCAUCCCGCCUUUCUGGGUGCUCUAUUUCCUAUGUGCCUCCAUCCGCUCUACCGUCGGCCUGGCGCAGACCAUGAAUCUUGCCCAGAAGCACGACCUGGGAUCUGUGCUGCACAUGACGCCGCGCCAGAUAUCAACCAGUCUGGCGCUGUUUUAUGUGUGCUACGUGGUGUUUGACUUGCCGUCAAAUCUCAUCAUGACCCGGAUGAGCCCCCGUGUGUGGAUGAGCCGGAUUGUCCUGGGCGUUGGCAUCAUUGGGAGCUGUAUGGCAGCAGUGAAAGCCGCCUGGUCCCUGUACCUCCUGCGGCUUCUCCUUGGGGUCGUUAUGGCUGGUCUCUGGCCCGGCAUGGCAUACUAUCUGACGCUGUUCUACCCGCCAUCCCGCACCGGCAAACGCAUCGGGCUCUACUUCACAGCCGCACAAGUAUCUGCUGCUGUCGUUGGCCUUGUAUCUGCUGGCUUCCAGAAAAUGGAUGGCGCCCGUGGCCUGGUCGGCUUCCGGUGGAUGUUCCUCGUCUACGGGCUGUGCGGCGUGGUGACGGGCGUAGCACUGCUAUGGUGGCUUCCAGAGCGGCCUUUACCUCCUGGCGAAGAAUCACAGCAGGGGAAAGGCGGAAAGACAAGUCUUCUGAACUGGCUACCGCGUACUCCACCGGCGCUGACAGGACGAGACGCAGAAAUCCACUAUCGCGAUCUGAAGCGUGUAUAUCACCAAGGACACUGGACGUUCAGGGACCUGGGGCGGGUGCUGAUAGACUGGCGUCUGUGGCCGCUACUGCUCAUGUACUUUGGCGUCGUAGGCGUCGGCAUCGGGGUACAGAAUUAUGGCACGGUUAUCAUCCGUUCAACGAACCCGAAGCUCAGCAGCGUCGAGCUCAGUCUACUCUUCGCGCCCAUUUGGAUCAGCGACCUCCUCGCCAUCCUGCUCAUCACGCCUCUGUCCGACCGCUUCCACCACCACCGCGCGCUGUUCUUCUCGUUCCCAGCGACGCUGCAAAUCCUCGGCCUCCUGCUCACCACCUACGCGGGCAACACUGUGACCAACCCGUGGCCACGCUAUGCCGGCCUGCUCAUCGUCGGCUUCGGCCUAGGGCCCACGGUUCCCAUCACCAUGACCUGGACAAACGAGAUAUUUCAGCCACGCCACGGCGAGGUGGGCGUGGCCGCGGCAUCCGCGCUGGUGUCUGGUCUAGGCAACCUGGGAAGUAUUGUGACCACGUACGCGCUAUAUGCCGGGUGGGAUAGCGACCGGUUGGCGAAGGGCGGGAAGCAGUAUCGCAAGAGUAAUUGGGUUAUGGUGGGGAUGCUGAUGGGCAGUGUAUUGGCUGCGGUGGUAUUGGCGGUACUGGUGAGGGUGGUGGAUGGAGGCAAAGCGAGUGGUGAGGACGGCGACGGCGCAGCAAAAAGGGAGGUGAAGCAGCGCGGGCUGGAAGGCGUGUGGUUUAUGCGAUGGAGGAAGCACUGA